AUGAUCCGAACAACUCCUACCACUUCUGCUGCUUCGCCAGCUCUUCGUACCCUCAGAAAGGCUCUUCUGCGGCCUACUAUGACUCUCUCGGUACCAUCCACCCGUGCUGCUUCUACCCUCAGAUCUAACAACAACUCCAAUUCCAGAUCCACUCGCAAACAAUUAACAUCCACUAGACAACAAUCCAUCUUUUCCAGACCUUCCACUGCAUCCACUUCUUCUCUGACCCAUAGAACUUUUGCCUCAAUCGCUGAUGCUACCCCAGAGCAACAGGCCGAGGCCGAUCCCCUACUCACCGAGCCCCGCGAGGCUGAUGAGGUCGACGUUGCCAUUGUCGGUGGUGGUCCUGCCGGUCUUGCGGCCGCCAUUCGUCUCAAACAACUCGACAAUGAACACGGAUCCGGUGAACUUCGCGUGGUUGUCCUCGAAAAGGCCCCUGAAAUGGGUGCUCAUACACUCUCCGGUGCCGUUCUAGAACCCCGUGCUCUCGACGAGCUCUUUGGCCCUGAAUGGCGCGAUGAACCCCCAGAAGCAAUCACCUUGGUCAAAAAUGAAACCAUGCGUUACCUCACUAAAUCCGCUGCCAUUCCUAUCCCGGAACCCCCACAAAUGCACAAUGCCGGCAAAAACUACAUUGUUUCUCUUAACCUUGUCGUCAAGUGGCUUGCUGAAAAGGCCGAGGAACUCGGUGUCGAAAUCUACCCAGGCUUCUCGGUCUCUGAACUCGUCUACGAUGAAGAAACUGGCGCCGUCAAGGGCAUUGCAACAAACGAUAUGGGUGUCUCCAAGAACUUUGAACCCAAGGAUAACUUCCAACGUGGCAUGGAAUUCCACGCAAAGGCUACCCUUUUGGCUGAAGGCUGCCACGGUUCUCUCACCAAGCAGGUCAUUAAGAACUUCAACCUUCGCAAGGAAUCAGACCCCCAAACCUAUGGUAUCGGCAUCAAGGAGGUCUGGGAAGUCCCCGAGGAAGUCUGGGAUGAAGGUUUUGUUGCCCACACCAUGGGUCACCCCCUUUCCUAUAAUACCUACGGUGGUGGCUUCAUGUACCACUUUGGUGAGCGCCUAGUAUCUGUUGGUCUUGUUGUUGGUCUCGACUAUGCCAACCCUUACAUCAGCCCUUACCAAGAGUUUCAAAACCUCAAGAGACACCCGUUCUACAAGCGUGUUUUGGAAAAGGGUAAGUGUGUCUCUUAUGGUGCCCGUGCUCUCAACGAAGGCGGUCUCCAAUCUAUUCCUAAGCUUUCUUUCCCCGGUGGUGCCCUCAUUGGCUGCACUGCUGGCUUCCUUAACGUCCCUAAAAUUAAGGGUACCCAUACUGCCAUGAAGUCUGGUAUGCUGGCCGCUGAAGCUGCCUUUGCUGAGCUUCAAAAGGCUGCUGCCGAAACUGAGGAAGCUGCUGAAGAAGAAGAAUCCGCUGAGGAAACUUCUGAAGAAGCUGCUGAAGAAGAAGAAGAAGAUGGUGCUUCUGCUCCUUGGAAGCCUCUUUCUUUGGAAUCCUACGAACAAUCCCUCAAGGACUCUUGGGUCUACAAGGAGCUUUACGAGGUCCGCAAUGUUCGUCCAUCUUUCAACACUCGUCUUGGUCUUUUUGCCGGUGUUGCAUGGUCCGGUCUCGACACCCUGUUGUUUAAGGGCCGUGUUCCCUUCACUUUCCACAACAAGGUCACCGAUGCUGCCCACACUCAAGAUGCUUCCAAGUUCAAGCCCAUUGAUUACCCCAAACCCGAUGGUGUUGUUACCUUUGAUCUUUUGACUUCCGUCUCUCGUACCGGUACUAAUCACGACGACGACGAACCGUGCCAUCUGCGUGUCCCCGAGCAGGAUCUUGAUCGUCACGCCAAGGCCGCCUGGCCCAAGUAUAAGGGUGUUGAGCAACGGUUCUGCCCUGCUGGUGUCUAUGAAUACAUCCCUGAUGAGACUAAGGAACUCGGCGUCCGAUUCCAAAUUAACUCCCAAAACUGUAUCCACUGCAAGACCUGCGACAUCAAGGUCCCAACACAGGAUAUCAACUGGACUGUUCCAGAAGGUGGUGAUGGCCCCAAGUACUACAUGACUUAA